UUUUAUCGUUGCCGAUUUUCACUUUGGCACCCCUAAGUACACCAUGUUUGUUGUGGUCUUGCGGCAGUAAAGUUUUUAGCAAGAAUUUAUAUUUUCUUCUCACGUUUGCCGACUUCCACAUUAUUUUUCUACCAAACUAAACGCCACAAAAUGACGACCCUCCGGCCUUUCACCUGUAACGAUAUGUUUAAAUUCAACAAAGUAAAUCUGGACCCGCUGACGGAAACUUACUGUCUGUCAUUCUACAUGCAGUACUUGGCCCACUGGCCGGAGUAUUUUCAGGUAGCAGAAUCACCGAGUGGUGAAAUAAUGGGUUACAUUAUGGGUAAAGCGGCCGGUCAGGGAGAGAACUGGCACGGCCAUGUGACGGCACUAACCGUAUCACCUGACUAUCGCCGUUUAGGGCUAGCUGCAACACUCAUGAACUUUCUGGAGGAUGUGUCGGAGAAAAAACGCUGCUACUUUGUCGAUUUGUUCGUGCGAGUAAGCAAUAAAGUUGCCAUCGACAUGUACACCAAGCUGGGUUACAUAGUGUACCGGACGGUACUCGAGUAUUAUGUUGGCGAUCCCGACGAGGAUGCGUACGAUAUGAGGAAAGCAUGCUCGCGGGACGUACAACGCAAAUCGGUAAUCCCGUUGACGCAUCCGGUACGCCCGGAUGAGGUAGACUGAUAGAAAGCAACUACUAUGUAACUGUAUCUAAAGCAAACGAAAAUUCUGGACAGUAAGAAAAAACCUCGUUGAUCAAGAAA